CGCAGAAGUUUGACAUUUCGAUUCCGACUUUUUCUUUACUGUUCCAGUCGUAAGCUACCGUAAUCGCUCUUCAAAUUAAAAUGGCUGGUGGAGGUGAUGAAAGCAAAUUGACCGGACUUUCCCGUUAUUUCAACGGCGAAACCAUGCGAGGCCGCGCUAAUGUAGCCAAAGCUACCUACGCAUCCAUCGGUCUUCUGAUUCUGUAUUUCUCACUCAAACCCAGCAAGAAGUAGACGCACAUACCAGUCUGAGAAGAUGGAAGUCUACUUUUCUUAAGAUGUGUGAGCGUUGCUUAAGCAUGGCAGUGAAAAUGAAAAUACAUUAUGCAACAGUUGAGUAAAAUCUAGCACCUCAA